GUGUUCUGGCGCUCUGGGCCCUAAUCACGCAUGUGAUGUAUGUGCAGGAUUACUGGAGGACCUGGUUAAAAGGGCUGAGGUUCUUCCUCUUCAUCGGGAUCCUCUUCUCAGCUCUCUCAGUGGUGGGAUUCUGCACAUUCCUCGUUCUGGCCAUCACCAAGCACCAGUCCCUGACUGAUCCCAGAAGCUACUACCUGUCGUGCGUCUGGAGUUUCAUCUCCUUGAAAUGGGCCUUCCUGCUCAGUUUGUACGCUUACCGGUACAGGAAUGAGUUUGCAGACAUCAGUAUCCUCAGUGACUUCUAACGCUCGGACUUCGAUCCUGUCUGAAGGUGCUGGAUGUUUGAAUCGCCCCCCAAAGACAUGGCACAUGCAAGAGACAUACGAGAGGCGGAGAAGGAACCCACCCAGUGCUGCUUGGUUUGUCUGUCUGCAGUAGGGGUUUUUCCUAAUUGCUUUUACUCAACCAUUUAACGUUUGGCUAACGAUGUCAAUCUAGUCCUUCUGUAACUUCCCUGGGAGUCCGUGUGUCUGGUAGUGAGGUGAAAGACUCCAUGUGCUUACACACAGCAGGCCUAGGGCC